AUGGUUCGAGACAGCAACAACUACACCUAUGUAGCUAAUACCUCGUUUACUGAAGUAAAGCAAGAAUUUUUACUCUUCGUGAUGCAGGGUGUUCAAGUACUUGCCGAGGCUUUUGUAACAGAUUUCUUCUACAACAAUACACAGCGUGGUUGGUCAAUAACUAGGAUUAUAGAUCCUACAUUAGAUAUCAGGUUUGUCGGUCAAGGCGUUCAAGUAUUUAAACCUGGAAUGGUGUUUGAAACUCAACUCUCAGUAAAAUAUAGCGAUCAGGUUGCGUUGGACCCAUAUACACUAGAACAGUCUACUCUGAUUAUAGAAACUAAAAUACGAAUGGAGAACGGAGAACUCAGAAAUCUACGAACUAUGAGGAUUCCGCCAAAACUGGGAGAUGUGUGUAAAUUUAGAGAUCUGGUCCAUAUACGGGAAUAUGAUAAGCAGUUUGAAGAUGCAGAGGUUGAAGAUAUUGAGAACUCCAAUACAUUCUUUACAGAUCAUACAGACGAACAUGAAGAGUUCUGUAUGGAUAUGUACGCUGUCGAGGAAUCAUUUAAAGAAUUUAGAGCUACAGGUGUACAUAGGAUAACUAUAAAUACACCGGAUGACACUGAGGAGAUUCAAAUAAAAGCGACAUAUCGAGAUGACGAUAAUGGGGAAGUAACAGCAACUCUUCCAGUUUAUGCUGCUUACGCUCCUUACCAGAACUUUAUUCACGUAAGAACCAGCAAUACCAAUAUCAGAGUCGGAGAGUAUGUAGUGUUCCAUGUAAAGAUGACCCAGGUUAUUGAAUAUUUUGACUGGAUUAUUAUUUCUAAAAAUAUAAUUCUAACACGAGGCAGAGAGUUCUCAGGCAGGAUAUUCUCCUACACAUACACUUUCAGUGUUGUUGUUAACACUGAAAUGGCUCCAGGUUUCCAUAUUCUUGUCUACUUCAAAACUGAGAAGGUAAACCAAAUAUUGGAAAACUGUCAUUAA